UCUGCUGUUUUGAUACCUCUAUGUAUAAUAGAUAAUCAACCAUCCAUUAUAUAUACCUUAAGAUCCAUGAACCUUAAUAAACAUAGAGGUCAAGUGAGUUUUCCUGGCGGCAGAAAGGACGACAGCGACCCAGAUUUAUCGUUUACGGCAGUUCGAGAAACAUUUGAAGAAUUAGGUAUACCACAAGAUAAAGUUGAUGUAUGGGGAUCUUUGACACCAAUACCUAGUAGACAACCGCUUUCAUCUUUUACAACCCCUGUUCUUGGUUACUGUGGACAUAUUGAUGUGGAUUCAUUAAAACCAAAUCCCGAAGAGGUUGAAUCUGUCUUUUCGAGUACAAUUGAGUCACUAGUCAAUCCUGCCAAUAUAAGAACCACGAAAUUUCGGACUGGACGUGGCUAUACAAUGCCUGUAUAUCUUGGUGGUGAACAUAGAAUAUGGGGACUUACUGCCAUAGCUACACAUCAAGCUUUAACAUUAAUUGCUCCAGGACUUUAU